AUAAAAUGUGGGUGGGAACGGGAUGUGUACGGGAAUCAAAUAACAGGGAGAAGUCGGAUGGCUGCGCAAAUACUUGGAAUUCUGUUUCCGUCGUUGUCUAUUCCGUAAACUUUGACAAGCAGAAAGUUGUGUUUCUAUGAUAGGCUAUAACAGUCUCAAUAGCUUGAAUAUCCAGUAAAAACUGGAAAUGGCUUCUUCGCCACAGAAAUCACCUUCUUCUCCCAAAUCUCCGACUCCAAAAUCACCACCUUCAAGAAAAAAAGACGACUCUUUCCUCGGAAAACUUGGGGGAACUUUGGCCAGAAGAAAAAAGGCAAAAGAAGUGUCUGAGCUCCAGGAGGAGGGCAUGAAUGCCAUCAACCUGCCACUCAGCCCCAUCCCCUUUGAGCUGGACCCAGAGGACACCAUGCUGGAGGAGAAUGAAGUCCGCACCAUGGUUGACCCUAACUCCAGGAAUGACCCCAAACUGCAAGAACUGAUGAAGGUACUCAUAGACUGGAUCAAUGAUGUGCUGGUGGGGGAGAGAAUCAUUGUCAAAGACCUGGCUGAGGACCUCUACGAUGGGCAGGUUCUGCAGAAACUCUUUGAGAAGCUGGAGGGUGAGCGGCUGAAUGUGGCUGAGGUGACCCAGUCUGAGAUAGCCCAGAAGCAGAAGUUGCAGACAGUUCUGGAGAAGAUCAACGACACUCUGAAGGUCUCAAUCAGAAACAUCAAAUGGACCAUUGACUCUGUCCAUGCUAAAAGCAUCGUGGCCAUUCUCCAUUUAUUGGUGGCGCUGUCCCAGCACUGUCGCGCCCCCAUCCGCCUACCUGAUCAUGUGUCCAUUCAAGUUGUGGUUGUACAGAAACGGGAGGGGAUCCUGCAGUCUCGCCAGGUUCAGGAAGAGAUCACAGGGAACACGGAGGCUCUAUCAGGAAGACAUGAGCGAGAUGCGUUUGACACUUUGUUUGACCAUGCACCAGACAAGCUGAAUGUGGUGAAAAAGACUCUGAUCACCUUUGUGAACAAGCACUUGAACAAGUUGAACUUGGAGGUGUCUGAAUUGGACACACAGGUGAGAUUACUUUGUUUCCCUUUUAAUAUACCUGCUUAUGAACAUGGUCAUUAUUGGUAUGUUGUUCUACCUGUCAUGCAGUUUGCUGAUGGUGUGUACCUAGUGUUACUGAUGGGACUGCUUGAGGGCUACUUUGUUCCUCUCUUCAACUUCUUCCUAACGCCAGAGCAUUUUGACCAAAAGGUGCACAAUGUGGCUUUCUCCUUUGAGCUGAUGCAAGAUGGCAGCCUGGAGAAACCCAAGCCACGGGCAGAGGAUAUUGUGAACUGUGACCUGAAGUCUACUCUGAGGGUACUCUACAACCUCUUCACCAAAUACAGACAUGUGGAAUAAAGACGAGUGCUUCACCGUUCAUUCAGUUAUAUCGACGUAUCUAUCAAGCAAAUGCCCUGUUUAGAUGUAUAUUUCAGGGCAAACACGAUGCAUCUAAUAGGGAGAGCACACCUGUGUUAGCUUUGUCCUGCUGAAGGCUCACUAAAACACAAGUACAGCACAAUAUGUUGUAAAGUACUUGGAUAUGAAAAGACAGAUAUAUUUCAGUAUUAUUGAAGGUUAACUUAAUGAAUUAUUGAUUAUGCCGUCGUAUUGUUGAGUCAUUGCCAUGUUGAAUUGUUCUUGCCCAUGUCAUUCCGGGCCGAAACCGUUUGAAGUCUACUUGGAUUCACUUGCGACUACAUGAAGGAUCAGAAUAUAGAUGUAUUGAAUGUAUGACAGCUGAGUUUGUGCUUAUCAAAGUAUUUACUUCCAUCUUUUGAAAGAAAUCAGAAGUUUUGAAUUGGCUCAAAGGGUUUUUGAUUUUUGUGCUUAUAAAGCAAUGGGACCACACAGUAUGCACUAUUAAUUUAUAUACUGCCACACUGCAUAUCUUUUACCUUUGUUUGCUUUAUGUCUAAUUUUAUAUAUUUUAAUACUGGUCGUUGUGCUUUAAAAAUAGUCUACCUUUUAGUGACAUUUUGGCUCAUCAUUUACCAAAGAAAGUCUUUUAGAUCAAUUAUAUGAAGCUGUUAGUCUUAAAAAAAAUGUGUACUUAUCCAAAGCAUGAUGUAUGGCUAAUUUUGACUAUUUGUUCAUAAUCUAUUCAUAAAAAAGGUUUGUAAAGUAAUGUUCCAAAGCAGUGUUUACUAAAACUACAGAACAGCAAGUGCCAGUUUCAAGAGUGGAGCAUGAAUUCAAAAGAUAAAACAUACACUAUAUUCAACAGAACUAGCUAGUAGUGCUGAGAAUGUAGUGUGGGAAUUUGACCAAAAUUGAUUCCGUUGUGUACUUUAAUUUGAAUGUCGUGAUCAUUUCUUUCUAUGUUGUGGUCUGAGUGCAGUUUUGAUUAUGGGCCUUGUGCUGUAGCAAACUUGUGGCAUUCCUUCCCAUGGAAACUUGUAUGCUCUGUAUUGUUACCGUGCCAUAUCAUCAAGUGAAAUAUAGAAGAGCCCAAGAAAAUGUGGCACAGGGGUCUAAGGCACUGCAUCUCAGUGCUAGAGGUGUCACUACAGACACCCUGGUUCAAAUCCAAGCUGUAUCACAACCGGCUGUGAUUGGGAGUCCAAUAGGGCAUUGCACAAUUGGCCCAGCGUCGUCCAGGUUUGGCCGGUGUAGUCCGUCAUUGUAAAUAAGAAUUUGUUCAUUACUGACUUGCUUUUUUAAAUACAUGUUUUAAAUACCAUCAGGAUUUGGUGGUUUUAACAUAACUAUACCCAACUUUCAUUACACCUGACAUUGUACCGUUUCAUAGACAAAUAAUACUGUAUGGGACUGUGGGUGUUGGGGGAAGUGGCUGCUUUACAACAAGAACUUAGCUUACAGAAUUCCCAAGAAGUAGCGGUGCUCUACAUGCAAUUCAUGAAUGGAUUUGCUAACCACACACUGACGGAGUGGCUUUGCUAAGUGCUUCGCUGCGAAUAGGAAGGUCACAUUUUUCCUUUGAGUAACAACACUACUGAGCACAGCACAUAAUGCAUGACAAGGGUACAAUAGAAGUUUCAGUGGAAUUUCUUUGUGCCUGAUUUGAU